AUGGAUGAACAAGGUUGUCCCCGAUGUAAAACAACCAAAUACAGAAAUCCAUCUUUGAAGUUGAUGGUAAAUAUUUGCGGACACUCGCUAUGUGAGACUUGUGUAGAAUCUCUGUUUGUCAAAGGAUCUGGUGCAUGCCCUGAGUGUGAAACUCCCUUAAGAAGAUCAAACUUUAAGCUUCAGAUUUUUGAAGAUCCUUCUGUCGAAAAGGAAAUUGAUAUUCGGAAAAAAGUCUUGAGAGAUUUCAAUAAAAAGCAAGAUGAUUUUCCGAGCCUUAAAGAGUACAAUGAUUACCUUGAAAUGAUUGAAACUAUCGUAUUCAACCUGUGUAAUAACAUUGAUGUUGAUAACACAAAGAGGAUGAUUGAACAGUACAAGAAAGAGAAUAAAGAACAAAUCAGAAAGAACUUAUCGAAAGUGAGCAAAGAUGAGGAAUACCUGGAGCUGUUGAUUGAGCAAGAACAGUAUGAGUCCUUUAUGAGAAAGAAGAUCAUCACAGAGGAUGAAAAACGAGAAAGAGCAGCUAAGAGAAAGCACAAGCAAGCGUUGAUUGAUGACUUGAUGUUCUCAGACAAGUCGGCCAAUGAAAUCCUCAACUCCCACAAGGAGGCAGUUCAGCAGGAGCAGGAGGAACUCCAGGCUAAAGCUGCAGCCACUGCAUUCUCUACAGGAAUCAGGAUCGGUCACCAUAAUGAGAUAGUUCCUCUGGUGAAACAGGACUUUGGCCAGUUAUACACCUAUCGUCCAUUGGUCAUGGAGUGGUGUGGCCCCGAACCACCCUCCAUGGAUGAUAUUUAUGCUGAAGGAUAUCUUAAGAACGUCAGAACAGCAUCUGAUUCCGAACGUGCAGGCGGGUUCAGGGAGUCGAUUGCCUGCCACAGGGCCCUGCAGGAUGCCUACUGUGGCCUGUACAGUUUUCCCCAACAUUUCAGCAUCCCCGGCCAAGCAGAUGGCCCUGACGCCCUCCUGUUCACAUUCUCCCAUGAUUACUUCGUGAUAUUAAAUAUGUUUGUUGAUAAUUUGCUACAUGGCCUUUUCGUGUUUAUUGUUGAUCGUUUACAGUGUAUUAUUGUGGGUUUGUGCGAUUCUUGA